CCAUUGCACCUGAACGCACCAUGACGCGGACCCCUAAGCGACUCUGAUUGGACGGUUAAUGAUUUAGAAAAACAGGUUACGCCAUAUUGUCAACGUCCGAGGAGAGCGCGUAAUUCCUUCAAAAAUGCCGAAAUAGCAGACCGCACACUGCUUAAGAUGGCGCACGUCGAUGCAACGGAAGACGCAGCAGCGGGCGACCGCUGUGUCCAGCGAGGGGUCUCCGUCGGCCUGCGGAGUCGACCGUGCUCCAGCGAGAGAGACGCCCGGGUGCGCGCUGUCAAAGCGGCUCUGCAGUCCCGCCUGGGGCCCUACGAGCCCGUCCUGACCUGCCUGCAGGCCGCCCUGGUGUGGGAGAGACCCGCGCAGUGCGCGCUGCUCUACGCUGCGGUCAACGUGGUGUUCUGGUGCUUGGCCCUGACCUCCCUGCGCCUCCUGUUCCUGCUGGCUGCUGGUCUGGCCGUGGUCGUCUGUGUUGAUACCUGGAGACAUAAGAUCUGGCCGCUGAUUGGAGUCAGGAACCUGGAGGAAUCAGAAAAUGAGAGUUGGGGUCUGGUGCAGCCUGGCAUCCUUAGCGUGCCUGAACUGUGCCACCACAUUGCUGAGGCCUGGGUCAGUGCAGCAGUUCUUGCAUCCAGUGUGCAGCAGUACAAGCAACACAACCCUGGCAAGUUCUGCAUCCUGACCUGUGGCGGAUUCACCUGCUUGGCUGGGGUUGGAAUUUACGUUCCUGGCUUGGUGCUGUCCUACUCUGCUGUGUGGGCUACUCUGCUGGCUCCUCUGGGAGCCUAUCAUAGGCUUUUCCAGCAUGUGUGCAUCAAGCUGGAUCCAGUCCUGCAGAGACUGGACUUCAGUGUUUGCGGCUACAUGAUGUCAAAGCCGAUUGAUAAUCAGUUCCUGAGGAGGCCUCUCCGGGGUCUGGCCUCGGGGGAAGACAGUGAUAGCGAGGAAGAGCUGGCUGCUUUCUGCCCCUCAUUUGAUGACGCUCUGAAUGCUAAAGAACUUUCUCUGACCGACUCGGAGCACUCCGAUGCCGAGGUGUCCUACACUGAUAAUGGGACAUUUAACCUAUCGCGAGGACAGACCCCGCUCACAGAGGGCUCUGAGGAUCUGGACCGGCACAGUGACGCUGAGGAAUCGUUUGCUCGAGACCUCCAGGGCUUCCCCUCCAUAAACCCCGACGCCACCCUGAUGGACGACGACGACGACGACACCAGCAUCGGCCUGCCGAGUCUGGGUCUGUCUGGGCUGGCUAGCCACCGAGCCUCGGUGCUGGACGUGGACGGCCAUCUGGACUCAGAUCAGGAGGAUCUGGAUGCAGAACUGUCCCUCAGUGGCCUGCCACCCGCCUCGGAUUUCGCCGGAGACUUGGCCGGAGUCCUCGCCAGCAACAUGAUCCAGGCGGCGCUGGUCGGGGCGAUGCAACCUCGUCCUCCUCGCAGCCAGCGCAGGGAAGGCCCCCCCAGGGCCGGGGCCCACCGCAGCUACCGCAAGCAGUCCAGUUCUGAGCUGGACACGGACUUGGACGGAGAGGACUUUGAGAUGCUCGAUCAGUCUGAACUGAACCAGAUGGAUCCCCUCGGAGGGGGAAGCACGAGACAGGGUGACGGCCAGGGGCCCAACUUCCUGUUCAGCCUGCUGGGUAAACCACAGUAAUUUGUGUGUGUGUGUGUGUGUGUGUACCGAGGAGUGCAACUCCGUGGGCGGUGUUCAUGUGAUGAGCUUUGAUCGUGUGAGGAUUCCAGCAGCCCUGAUUCUAAUUGACAUCAGAUUAUCACUGUGAAGAAUUCUUUCAUUUCUACUCUUUCCUCCUUUUCCUUUUUAAGCCUCGAUCAUCCAGACGUUUCCUUUUGUAGGCUGAGCAAUAGAAACUACAACAACAAACGUCAAACAGUCCGACGUUACUAUUAACCAGCAUUAUUCACCCAUGUUGCAGUCUUUUUAUUAUGUGCAUCCAUAAUUAACAAGGAUACUUGUUAAUUAUUAUCAACACGUUACACACAAUCUUUUAUACAACACAGGGCUAUUUAACAUGGGACCAAAUAUGACUCUACUUCUAGCUGGCUGAGCCACGUCGACAAGGACACCAUGGAACGGCAUUCCACCGGAAUAGUUGGAAUGGCUAAAUAACAUCUCUUUUUAUUAAUGUUUAUUAUUGCUCUGCUGUAAUCCUAUAGAUUUAUUUCAUAACAGGUUCACCAAUUUAAAUUUGUGUCAUUCAUGCUGUUGUCAGACAGACUCUCUCCCAUAAAGAAUGUGAAGAACACUUGCGUCAAAGUUUCAGUUCUUUCUUCCUCCUCUGCUGUUUGACAUAUGGGGACGUCUUCAUUCAAUUUGGAAACUAAAGUCCCGAGUCGUAUGAUAUCUGAUAACUCGACCUGUUGGCUGUUCAUUGUGCCCCAGCUCACAGCAGGUGUUUUUCUUUUCCACGUGAAUGUGUUCAGAAUAUUUCCUGCAUUUCCUUUUUGAAGCCGCUCAGUAGCGUAUUUUGUCCUUCAAUGAGGCCUCAGUUUCUUUUUCAAAAGUGAUAUUGAAACUAAUAUUUGUAUUUCAUGUAGUUGACCCCACUGCUGAACGUUUAACAGAAACAUUGGAUAUCCUUCCAUACGUAGAUGUUUUACUACUUUAAUAGGGAAACAUGUUUACAUCUAAAUUAGGUAUUUAUAUCUAUAAUUGUUAGUAUAUAAAGGUUUGGUGUUGCUUUUAAGUGCUGGUCAGCCUGGUUUCAUGUAGUGGCAAAUGCCACUGAGAUUUAUUCAACCGCAAACAUGUGUUUUUAUUGCUCUUUAAUUAUAUUAAGUGAUAUUGAGGGGAAAGCUGUAGCAGCAAAUAUUAUUUAAUGCAAUUGAAUAAACAGCUGAAUCCAUAUUAAUGUGAUGUAGUAGAUAAAAUGUGCAAUGUUAGUUUGCUGGGAGUUUUAGGAAGGAAAAAAAGAGCAGGUCCUACUUUAAACAGAAUGUUGCUGCUUGCUGCUGCAAGAAGAAUCAGUUGCUCUGAAUGAUCUGUGGUCACUUUGCUGGGGUCAUUUUCACAGUAUCUUCUUCGCUGUAACUGGUUUUGAUACGUUUGAUGUGCAAAUCUUAUUCAAUAAAAUGUUUGCAAAUAA